AAGAAAUUAAAGAUGCAAAUUAUUAUUUAAAAAUUGAGAUAGAAACAAAGUUUCAUUUACUAAUCUCACAACUUGAAAAAUAUCUAAUGAAAAAGAAAAUUCAAUCAAGUAAUAAACCACUCAGCUUCAAAUGUUCAAAAGCGUACAAAAAUAAUAAUUGGUUUACCUUCAAUCUCACAGAUAUCCCCACCAUGACCGUAUCUCAUCAUCAUCUAGUUUUCAUCUGUACUCCAGCAAUCGGAAAUCUAGUUCCCGCCGUCGAAUUCGCCAUUCGGUUAAUCAAUCACGACUCUCGUUUCUUCGUCACCUUUCUCGCCAUCGACAUCCCCGGAAGAUCCCUCGUCAAUGCCUAUACCCAAUCACGUUCCUCCCUUUCCCCAUCACCAAACCUCCAAUUCAUUCAUCUCCCAUCUCUCCAACCCCCAUCCCCCAAUCUCUACCACUCCCACACUGCUUAUUUAUCCUUAAUCUUCAAUUCUCAUAAACCCAACGUCAAACAUACUCUCUCCGACCUCCAAAAAAAACUCCCCAAUUCCGCGCGUAUCGUCGGGAUGUUUGUCGACAUGUUCACUACUACAUUCAUCGACGUCGCUAACGAUCUCCAAAUUCCUCCCUACCUGUUUUUUGCGUCCCCUGCCACUUUCCUUAGCCUCAUGGUUCAGGUAUCUAAAACCGAUCACGACCGAUUUAACUCAUUGAUUCGUAACUCGGAGGCUGAGUUCGUUUUACCGAGUUAUGUUCACCCGUUGACUGUGAGUAUGUUGCCGCUGACGCUUUCGAAGACGGAGGAUGGUUUGUUUUGGUAUGGUUAUCACGGGCGACGGUUUGGUGAGACGAAGGGUAUUGUCAUAAACACGUUUGAAGAGCUUGAGCCACACGCCCUGAGGUCGUUGGAGUUGGAUGAGGUUCCACCGGUUUAUGCUAUUGGGCCUAUGGUUGAUUUGGGUGGGCCGGCCCAGUGGCAGGGUGGUGAGGGGAGGGUGGAGAGGGUUGUGAAGUGGUUGGAUGGUCAGGAGGAGGGGUCGGUUGUUUUGUUGAGCUUUGGGAGUAUGGGGAGCCUUGAUGAAGGUCAAGUGAGAGAGAUUGCGUUUGGGCUCGAAAGGGGUGGGUUCCGGUUCGUGUGGGUUGUACGGCAGCCUCCAAAGGCGAAGUUAGAACAACCGGAUGACUACUCUGAUCUAAGCGAUGUGUUGCCGGAAGGGUUUCUAAGUCGCACGGCCGGACGGGGAUUGGUCUGUGGGUGGGUCCCGCAGGUGACUAUUUUGAGUCAUCGUGCAAUUGGAGGGUUUGUGUCACAUUGCGGAUGGAACUCGAUUCUUGAGAGUUUAUGGUUUGGUGUACCAAUAGCAACAUGGCCAUUGUAUGCAGAGCAACAAAUGAAUGCCUUUGAAAUGGUGAAAGAAUUGGAAUUGGCAGUGGAGGUACGACUCGAUUACAUGGAAGGAAGCAAGGUAGUGACGGGAGAGGAGCUAGAGAGAGCGUUGAGGCGCUUGAUGGAUGACAACAACAAGGUCAAGUCGAGAGUGAAUCGAAUGAGGGAAAAGUGUAAAAUGGUUCUCAUGGAAAAUGGAUCCGCAUACGUGGCCUUCAAUUCUCUUAUUGAGAAAUUAAGAGCCUAAAUUUUGUAAUUGAACUAUAUGCUUAUUUUAGGUUUUGUACUUGACCUCCUUGAUUGGCCUACAGUUUUUUUUUUUUAAGUAAGAUAGGUUUGAUAACUAUGUAGUUUUAUUUUUUAUAUAUACAAGCUUUAUAAAUAACAACUCUAAGUUGGUUA